UGGAUGGGACUACUGCUCACAGCCUCACUUUUAUCCUCCUGGAGCCCUCCCACUACAGCCCAAGUCAUCAUUGAGGCUGUGCCGCCCGAUGUUGCUGACGGGAAGGACGUUCUUCUACUUGUUCACAAUCUGCCACAGACACUCACAGUCUUUAACUGGUACAAGGGAGACACUACGGAUGAAAGAAAUGAAAUUGUACGGUUUAUAACAUCCAAUAGUAGGAAUAAAACAGGGCCGGAAUACAGCGGCAGAGAGACAAUAUACAGCAAUGGAUCCCUGUUCUUCCAAAAUGUCAACAAGAGUGAUGAGGGAAUCUACACACUAGGUAUGAGCAAUGAAGACUAUGAUGUUACCCGGAUGUCUGUCCGAUUUUAUGUGCACGUCUUAUUACAAAAGCCCACCAUUACAACCAACAACUCCAAUCCCAUGGAGGGUGAGGACUCGGUAUUAACGUGUGGACCUUACACUGAUAAUACAACCUACCUGUGGAGCAGAAAUGGCGAAAGCCUCUCAGACGGUGACAGGCUGAAGCUAUCUGAUGGCAACAGGACUCUCACUAUAUUCAAUGUCACGAGGAAUGACGUAGGACCCUAUGAGUGUGAAACCCGGAACCUAGUGAGUGCCAACCGAAGCGACCCGUUCAACCUGAACAUUACCUAUGGUCCGGAUACCCCGGUUAUAUCCCCCUCAGAUAUUUAUUUGCUUCAAAGGUCAAACCUCAGCCUCUCCUGCCAUGCAGACUCUAACCCACCUGCACAGUGCUUUUGGCUUUUCAAUGAGACGCCCCAGGCAUCCUUCCAAGACCUCUUUGUCCCCAACAUCACUACUAAUAAUAGCGGAACCUAUACCUGCUUCGUCAAUAACUCUGUCAGCCUCAGUAGGACCACAGUCAAGAACAUUACAGUCUUUGAGCCAGUGACUAAGCCCGACAUCCAUGUCAUCAACACCACAGUCAAAGAACUCGACUCUGUGACCCUGAUCUGCUUCUCCAAUGACACUGACAUCUCUGGAAUCCGUUGGCUCUUCAAUGACCAGAAUCUGCGGCUCACAGACAGGAUGACGCUCUCUCAGAACAAUAGCACCCUCAGAAUAGACCCUAUUAAGAGGGAAGAUGCUGGCAAGUAUCAGUGUGAAGUCUCCAAUCCAGUCAGUCAUGGACUGAGUGACCCAGUCCAGCUGGACAUAAUAGGUGACCCAGAAGGUGGAAACCUCUCAGAGGGUGCCAUUUCUGGCAUCGUGAUCGGAUGCGUGGCUGUGGUGGCUCUGAUAGUGGUGCUGGCCUAUUUCCUCUGUUCCAAGAAGACUCGCUGGGGAAGUGACGAGCGAGAUCUCACAGAGCACAAACCCUUAGCCUCCAAUCACAAUCUGGGACCUUCUGACAACUCUCCUAACAAGGUGGAUGACGUCGCAUACACUGUCGUGAACUUCGGUGUCCAGCAACCCAACCAUCCAACUUCAGCAUCUCCAUCUCCAAGAGCCACAGAAACACUUUAUUCAGAAGUAAAAAAGAAGUAA